ACUAAAUCGUUGCGUGAUAAAGGGUUGUAAAUCCCGAUUUCGACCGAGAAAAGUUAUCUGUACAUUCUGUAGACAGAGAAAAUGCCACGAAUUCAGAUAAAAGGUGGUGUUUGGAGGAACACUGAAGAUGAAAUCCUCAAGGCAGCGGUGAUGAAAUAUGGCAAAAAUCAGUGGUCUAGAAUUGCAUCACUGCUACACAGGAAAUCAGCUAAACAAUGUAAAGCCAGAUGGUUUGAAUGGCUGGAUCCAAGCAUCAAGAAGACAGAAUGGGGCCGAGAGGAAGACGAGAAGCUACUCCAUUUGGCUAAGCUCAUGCCCACCCAAUGGAGGACCAUUGCACCCAUCGUAGGACGUACAGCAGCACAGUGUCUGGAGAGAUAUGAAAUCUUACUGGAUCAAGCACAGAAGAAGGAGGCUGAUGGUGAGACCAUGGAUGAUCCUAGGAAGCUCAAACCAGGAGAGAUAGACCCUAAUCCAGAGACCAAACCAGCUAGACCUGAUCCUAUUGAUAUGGAUGAAGAUGAGCUUGAGAUGUUAUCUGAAGCGCGUGCUCGUCUGGCCAACACCCAGGGUAAGAAGGCUAAGCGGAAGGCUCGUGAGAAGCAGCUUGAGGAAGCCCGUCGUCUGGCAGCUCUUCAGAAGCGCAGGGAACUCCGAGCGGCCGGUAUCGAGGUCAACAAGAAGAGGCGUAAGAAGCGAGGAGUGGAUUACAAUGCUGAGAUUCCGUUUGAGAAGAAGCCAGCACCAGGGUUUUACAACACGGCGGAUGAAGCAGUAGCUCCACAUAAUCCAAACUUCAAGCGGCUCAGGAGGGAGGAUAUGGACUUUGCUCGAAGGGAUGAGAUUGAAGAGAAAGAACGAAAGAAGGAUAGACAGAAAUUGAAGAAGAGGAAAGAGAAUGAUUUACCUGGAGCCAUUGCUAUGACAAACAAGAUGGCUGAGCCAAUGAAGAAGAGAAGUAAACUUGUCUUACCUACACCACAGAUAUCUGAUGCUGAGUUAGAAGAGGUUGUGAAGCUUGGGCAAGCCAGUGAGAAUGCUCGUCAGAUCGCUGAGGAAGGGGCUGUUAAUGGUGCAUCAGAUGCUCUCCUCUCAGACUACACCAUGACUCCAGGAACGGCUAAUCUGAGAACACCUCGCACCCCUGCUACACAUGACACAGUACUUCAGGAGGCCCAGAACAUCCUUGCACUGCAGAACGUUGAGACACCAUUGAAAGGAGGUGUAAACACAGCCGUAGGAAGCAGUGAUUUUGAUGGUAUCACACCUAAGAGACAAGCUACACAGACACCUAACAUGGCAUUCAAUACACCAUUCAGAACACCAGGUCAUGAGGGACAAUCAGGUUUGACCCCUCGACUGACCCCUAGGAUGGGUACAGGAGGAGGAGGAGGAGGAGCUACCCCUGGUCAGACCCCUCUCAGAGACAAGCUCAACAUCAACCCGGAGGAAGCGCUCAUGGAAUAUGAUAACAUACACAGUCUCAAACAACAACAGAGGGAGCUGAAGGCCAGUCUUCGUCGAGGUCUGUCAUCACUUCCAGCUCCAAGGAAUGACUUUGAGAUCGUGAUACCAGAAAAUGAUGAGAAGCUUUUAGAGGAGCCUCAGGAGAGCUCAAACUUCAUGGAAGACGCAUCAGAUGUAGAGAAUAGACGCCUUGCAAAGUUAGCUGAAGAGAGAGAGAAGGAGUUGCGGAGUAGAUCCCAGUCGCUCCAGAGAGGUCUUCCAAGGCCUGUGGAUAUCAACACAGCUAUCCUGAGACCUAAGGAUCUUGAGACUCCUAUGACAGAGCUACAGAAGGCUGAGGAGAUGAUCAAGGAAGAGAUGAUAACGAUGCUGCAUUAUGACUCGUUGAAGAACCCAGUAGGGGAUCAACCAGGGGCCAAGAAGAUUGAGAAGCCUUCUAGUAAGAUCAACCCAGCUGUACAUGCAGCGUACCUAGAGCAGACUCCAUAUCACCAGUAUCAAGAGGAGGACAUGAAGAAUGCCAAUGAGUUAUUAAAAGCUGAGAUGGAAGUUGUGAAAGCUGGUAUGUCUCACGGGGAUCUCCCUAAAGAAGCCUACACCCAGGUGUGGGAGGAAUGUCUGGGUCAGGUCCUCUACAUACCAUCUAAGAACAGAUAUACCAGAGCUAACAUGGCCAGUAAGAAAGACAGGAUUGAGUCUGCCGAGAAGAAACUUGAGUCCAAUCGUGGGGUGAUGACGCGAGAAGCUAAGAAAGCUGCCAAGCUUGAGAAGAAGCUGAAGGUGUUACUUGGAGGCUACCAAUCCCGAGCUCAAGGACUCACCAAACAGCUGGCUGAGGUCCAGGAGGAGGGGGAACAAGCCUAUGUAGAACUCUGUACAUUCCAGGAACUACAGAUGAAUGAAGAGAUCGCUGUUCCAAGGAGGAUGGAGUCCUUGAGAGAAGAUGUGAAGCGUCAGAGUGACCGAGAGAGGGAGCUCCAACAACGCUACUCUGAUCUCAUGUUUGAUAGAGAGAUGCUCAGCACACAGAUAACCAAACUGGAGAUGCAACAAGCAGGACCCAAGUUCUAAUCUGAAGAUGAGAGAUGCUAAGCACACAGAUUACCAAACUGGAGAUGCAACAAGCAGGACUUACGUUGUAAUUUCAAGAUCGUGAAAUUACAGAUAAACCCAUUUUCUUGUGAAAUUCUUGAGAAUUUUGGAAGAGCAGAUAAAUCAAGAGUUAAAGGGGGUAUAGCAUGACAAGACUAUGUGUCUUUCCUGUGGCCUGACUCAGGGCCAAUUGGGUGUAAUAUGACUACGGACGACGCGACUGCAGUAACCGAAGCAUGAGGAGAACUUUGGUCUGUUUCGCGAACGCUAGCGCGUGCUGACUGUUAAUCAAGUCCAUUCAUUUACGUGCAGUUGUCCAAAAGAAGUCGUAGAUGGUGUUAACCAGUAUUUGUCAUGCUACACCCCCUUUAAGUACUGCUUAGCCACUCACCCCUUUUUAUGAAUAAAAGAGAGAGAAGAAAUAGGAUAGUUCACUCAGUAUUGUGUUUGGAAAAUCGUUCACAAAUAACAUCUCCUUUUAUACAUCACAGAUCUCUUUGUAAGCUCAAUGUUUAAAUCAUUUUGAUUGCGGUAUUUGGUAAAUUUUAAAUAAUCCAUUUCAGUUAUUCUGAGUUUAUUUUCUGCAUUUACUUGGAGUUUUAUCAUUGAGACCAUGAGAUAUGAAGAACUUCUCUCAUCAAUGCCUGUGCUGUAUUAGUAAUUGCACAUAGUAUGAAGUAUUGCAGUUAUUGACCUGUCAUGUCAUGCUGUUACCAGGCUGUUAGCAUUGUAUGCAAGAUAUCUACAAGUGCAAGAGAUAAUCAGUAUUUUUAUCUUCAAAUUGUGCAUGGACAAUAAUUACAUGUAGUAUUAAAGGUAUACCGGUAGACCAGUUCUGGUCAUGCGAUUGCAUUGUGAAAGAAACGUUGUGGAAUCGAUCAUCUAGCAUAUAAGUAUUGGGUGUUCUGGAAUCAUCAAAAUGUUAAGGAAUUAGGCCCAGUCUUGGUAAAGUUACAAGCACUGUACACAGAAAUAUGUAUAUGGGACUGCGGUAAUAUCUAUCCAGUCCGGAUAGAUAUAAUAAUUUACCAAAUAUAUCAAUUAGUAGGCGGUUUCCGGCAAAAUUUGUGUCAUCACGUAUUAGUCAAAACAUAUUCUUUCACAUGAUUGGUAAUAAAAACCUUUCAUUUCAUUUUUUGAGAGGGCGUUUCCAAAACUGGGUCUUUAUCUUUAAAUGAAUAGUAUUGAGAUCACAUCUGACACACUGUCAUACAGGAAGCAAUUUAAAUCAUCCAAAUUGUGAUUCUUUUGGAUGACAGCUCUUGAGAUUGUGUAAGCAUUUCAUGCGUGUCAGGUCAAAGCAAUUAGCUUCACCAUUUUGUAAUUUAUCCCUUUUCCUGUUAUGAUGAAAACAGAAGGGAGUGUUAUUUGUUAGAAAUAAUUAAUCAACAUCAGAAGUUUUGUAAUAAAAACAAUGAAAGGUUGUAAAAGUACAGUCUUGUAAAGGUUAGUGAUAUGGUUAUGCUGAUUGUACAUAAAGUAUCGAGAGCAAUUGAUUAUGUGCAGAAAUAAAUUUUGACAUGAAUGGUCAGAUUGUACAAAGGA